UUUUAGGGCUAUUAGAGGGCAUGGCGUCGAUGCUGUUUGGCGAUGAUCCGGAUCCACUGCCGCUGUGGUUCAAGAAGGAUGCAUUCAUGGAUCCGGAUUUCGACUGCGACGCCCACAUUUCCAGCCUGCGCAGCUUCGUGCCGCUCGAGGCGCUGCGCGGCGAGCUGCGCAGUCACCUUGCAGCGCUCAAGAACGAGCUCGUCGAGCUCAUCAACAGGGAUUACAACGAUUUCGUGAGCCUCAGCACCCAGCUCGUGGAUGUGGACGGUGCCGUGCUCCGGAUGCGCACGCCAUUGCAAGAGCUGCGAGGUAAGCUCGUCACCGUGCGCGAUGGUGUCGAUGGAGCGCUGCUCGCGCUCCAGGACGCGCUCAAGCGGAGAUCCGAGGCCUCCGCGUCGCGGGAGAUUCUCGAGUUGCUGCUCGACACCUCUCAUGUGGUUUCCAAGAUCGAGAAGCUCUUGCUGGAGCUCAAGGAAAAUAGAAUAUCCAAUGGAAAUCUAGUGAGUGGCAGUGAAGGAUCUAUGGAUCCGGUCGACAACAGUGGUGACGACCCGCGGAGUCGAUUGUUGGAGCGAAUUGCGAGUGAGAUGAAUCGUCUAAAGUUCUAUGUUGCCCGCGUCCAGGACUUGCCGUUUAUCAAAACCAUAGAAAAGAGGAUCCAGAAUGCCGAUGCCUCCUUGAGAGAAAACUUGGAGAAGUGUAUUAAAACGGGGCUGGAAAGGCGUGACGAGAAGGUUCUCUACCAUUGUCUACGUGCUUAUGCGGCUAUUGACGACACUGCUGGAGCUGAAGAGGCUUUUCGUAUCACAAUUGUGGCACCUUUUGUCUCCAGGAUUUUUCCUGGGAAUUCUUCCAAAGACUUGGUGGGUGGAGGAGCCGCAGACAAGCUGGAGGAAGACUAUAAACAGGUCGAGGCGCAUAUUGCUCGAGAUUGUAAGUUCAUGUUGGAUAUCGUAGCGUCUGAAAACUCUGGACUUAAUGUGUUCGAUUUUCUUGGAAACUCCAUUCUUAAAGAAGUGCGCUCAGCGAUAGUGGCAGGCAAGCCUGGCGCACUUUCACCUGGGAAACCAGCAGAGUUUUUGGCAAAUUACAAGUCAAGCCUGAAGUUUCUAUCGGUAGUAGAAGGAUACUGUCAGUCACAAGCGGCGGUUCUUGCUCUUCGUUCUCAAGCAAGCUAUGCUGAAUUCGUGAAGCUUUGGAACUUGCCAGCUUAUUUUACCCUGCGUUUUCAGGAAAUUGCAAGCUCUUUUGAUCAAACACUCACUGAAGGCCUAAAACGGUGCCAGGAGAGCGAUUUUGCAUUCAAGUCCAGUGAUAAGCUCCUUGAAUGUUUGCAGCGUUGCUGGGAUGAGAAUGUGUUUGUCUCAUCACUCUCGGACAAGUUUUUGAAACUAAGCCUCCAGCUGAUCUCCAGGUAUGCACGAUGGCUUUCUGCUGGUAUGGCGUCACGAAGUGCUGCUGAUACCAGUUCGUGGGCAACUUCGGCGUCUUCGGAAGACAUUCUUUUGCUCAGGCAUGACGUUGAGCUUCUCCAUAAAAAACUUACAGGAUCCUACUUAGAUUACGCUUUGGGAGUUCUCGGUCCAACCUCGGCAAAUCUCUCCCAAAAAAGCAUUCUCUCCGCGGCGCAAAAUCUUCUCGACGUUGUUCCAGUACUCACGGAUGUACUGACGGACACACUGGCUGAUAAGUGUGUCGAGGAGCUCAAAAAUCUGAAAGGAAUCACAACGACGUACCGCUUGACGAUCAAGCCACUUCCAACUCACCAUUCACACGUUGCAACAAAUCUUCUACAAGCGCUGAGGGCUUUUCUACAAGGAGACCAUAACGCCUACAUGUCAGAUGCCUGCCGCUUGGAAAUACUUAACUCUGUGGCGAAGAAGGUGACAAAGAACUACGAUCAGCAGAUUCGGGAUCUCGUCGAAGGGCUACGGAAAACGGAGUCAUCCCUGUUGAGAUUUCGACAAGCACGGCAGAGAACGGGCGCUGGACCCGAUGCAAACGAUGCCAACAUCUCAAACACGGACAAAGUCUGCGCGCAGCUCCUCCUGGACGUCCAGGAACACGGCCGAAAACUGGAUGAACUUGGUGUCGAUUCUUCAAAGCUGCCAGAGUUUCAAUCACUGUGGGAAUUUGUCUCUCUCCAGGAGAAGCCACACUCGUAGCGUUGCUCGUCAAUGAAGGUCCUUUUCAAUCUUCUUUUCUAAAGCGAUUUUCAAGCCACGCACUGGAGAUUGGGUGGAAUGAAGUGGAAGUUCCAUUGAAACGCCAACAUCAUGCCAUCUAUUGUUGACAAGGAAUAAUUUAUAUAUUGUCCUUUACGAAUUUCAGACAAGAAAAUAAAAAAAAACUUACAUUCAGGCUAUAAAA